AUGUCGCCUGCCCAUAUUGAGCGGCCUCUGAGCAUUGUCUCUCACACUCGAGCCUCUCUUUCGAUACCAAAGAAAAGCGAACUCGAGUCAGGACACGAUGAGGACGAGGAGCAACAAGUCGCAGCGACAAAAGAGAGAGGCCGUUUUCCUCAAAUGGAAUCUUUAAAGCAGCUGCCAGAUGACCUGCAGCAGGCCAGUGUCAUAGACUUUGAAACUACCAACGAGCGAAGGACGAUCCAUGGAAGGGAUCUCAACAUCAACCCAACUAACGAGCCUUCAUUCCUUGACUUCCUGAAGAUAGGAAGUCACCAUCUGCGCAACUUCAGCAAGCGUGGCAAUUCACAACCCCCAGUGACAAAUCUUACGCCUAAACCGAUCAAGAAGGCGAGCCAACUUAUUGAACACUCCGAUCGCAUGUCAGAUGUGCCCUUAUCUGAAACCCCGCCGCCGGGCGCUCCACAAGCCUCAAGCAAAUCUAUCUUGCGAAGGCAUAACGAUCUCAAUAUAGAUUCAAUUGUCUGGGAUGACUCUUCUAGAGACGGCAGAAAUAUGCAAAGGCUUAUUGACCUAGAUGAUGCAAUCUCACGACUCCUACAAGCGGGAAAGUCGAAACCUACAAAAAGGCUGUGUCUCACCAAUACUGAAAUUAUGUCUAUCUGCUCGGCCACCCGGAACCUGUUCCUUUCCCAGCCUAUUCUUUUAGAGCUGAAUGCCCCAAUUCACAUUGUCGGUGACAUCCACGGUCAAUUUACGGAUCUUCUUCGAAUCUUUGAGAUUUCCGGAUUACCUUCUACCACCAAUUACCUUUUUUUGGGAGAUUACGUCGACCGAGGGAGACUAAGCUUGGAAACAAUACUUCUGCUUCUAUGCUACAAGCUCAAAUACCCCGAGACCUUUUUUCUACUCCGGGGCAACCAUGAAUGUGCUAAUAUCUCCCGGAUUUACGGCUUCUACGAUGAGUGCAAGCGAAGAUGUAAUAUCAAAAUCUGGAAGACAUUUAUUGACGUAUUUAAUUGUCUUCCAAUUGCUGCAGUUGUUGCAGAAAAGAUCUUUUGUGUGCAUGGCGGCCUUUCUCCCUGCCUUUCGGAUAUGAAUGAUAUCCGAAAUCUCGCUCGUCCAACUGAAGUGCCUGGGCAAGGUCUCCUGACCGAUCUUCUAUGGAGUGACCCUGCAAAUAUUAAAGACUGGGGACCUAACGGCGACCGAGGUGUUAGCUGGGUCUUUGGAAGGAAGGUGGUUGCGAAUUUUCUGAAGCGCUAUGAUUUGGACCUAGUUUGUCGGGCGCAUAUGGUUGUGGAAGGGGGGUAUGAAUUCUUUGGGGAGCGCAAUCUUGUUACGGUUUUUUCUGCACCAAAUUAUUGCGGCGAGUUCGAUAACUGGGGAGCUAUCAUGUCGGUUUCCGACGACCUUCUCUGUAAUUUCGACGUAUUAAAACCAUCCGACUCUGUUACCUUCGGAAAGAAAAUGAAGAAAAGAAGCUAG